AUGAACUCAGCAUUAGGAGGAGGAGGAAUGAACUCAGCAUUAGGAGGAGAAAUGAACUCAGCAUUAGAAGGAGGAGGAAUGAACUCAGUAUUAGGAGGAGGAAUGAACUCAGCAUCAGAAGGAGGAGGAAUGAACUCAGCAUUAGGAGGAGGAGGAAUGAACUCAGCAUCAAGAGGAGGAGGGGGAAUGAACUCAGCAUUAGGAGGAGGAGGAAUGAACUCAGCAUUAGGAGGAGGAGGAGUGAACUCAGCAUUAGGAGGAGGAGGAUUGAACUCAGAAUCAGGAGGAGGAGGAGGAAUGAACUCAGUAUUAGGAGGAGGAAUGAACUCAGCAUCAGAAGGAGGAGGAAUGAACUCAGCAUUAGGAGGAGGAGGAAUGAACUCAGCAUCAAGAGGAGGAGGGGGAAUGAACUCAGCAUUAGGAGGAGGAGGAAUGAACUCAGCAUUAGGAGGAGGAGGAGUGAACUCAGCAUUAGGAGGAGGAGGAUUGAACUCAGAAUCAGGAGGAGGAGGAGAAAUUAACUCAGCAUCAAGAGGAGGAGGGGAAUGA